CCUUCGUACAGCGUGUAUAUGAAAUGUGAUGCGAACAGUGUAUUAUGUAGCCUAUACUCGGUGCUGCGUCGAGCACUGCUUAAACUAAAGAAUCACUUUACUAAAAUAGAGACACAAACACACACAGCAUUUCAUAGUACCCAAAAAAUUAGGUAAUCAAGAUUGCAUUUUGCUUAAUAAGGACCACUGUAUCUUGCCAAACAUAAAAGAUGAUUGGUACAAAGGGCAGUUCCUCUUGGUUAAAAAGUCUGAAUAUCAGUGACAUAUUUGUCUGGAAAGAUCAUGGAGAAUAUGGAGCUCUGGCGGCUAUAGUCAUAAGCAUCCUUGUUCCUGUCUUGUUUUCAGCUUUGUUCUUUGGAAAGAAAAAAGGAAAAAUAAGAGGUGUGGCUGUAGAUGUUGGUGGUGAGGCAGGUUAUGCAGUACGUAAUGCUAGAAGAACUGAGUUGGUUGAAGUUCCUUGGAAAGGAGCCCCAACCAUGGCUCAUCUAUUUGAGCAAUCCUGUAAUAAACAUACCCACAAUCGAUUUCUUGGAACAAGAAAACUAAUACAAAAGGAGGUUGUUACAUCUAGUGAUGGCAGGAAGUUUGAGAAACUUCAUUUAGGAGACUAUGAAUGGGAAACCUAUGGAGAGGUUUUCGCUCGCGUGUCAAAAUUUGCUUCUGGUCUUCUUAAGUUAGGCCAUGAUAUAGAUAGCCGUGUUGCCAUUUUCUCCGAUACCCGGCCUGAAUGGCUCAUUGCCCUUCAGGGUUGCUUCAGGCAGAAUGUAACAGUUGUUACUAUUUAUGCUUCUUUAGGUGAGGAUGCCCUGAUCCACUCACUAAACGAGACCGAAACAUCUACUCUGAUCUGUGACUCCAGACAAUUGAAGAAGUUGGAUGCAAUAAAAUCAAAACUAACAUCUAUACAAAAUAUUAUUUACUUUGAAGAUGAUAACCAAGAAGAUACUUUCUCAGGAAGUUCAGGCAGCUGGACAAUUUCAUCCUUUAGUGAAGUUGAGAAACUUGGGGAAGAAAGUCCUGUUGAGCCAAGCCUGCCUUCCAAGAAUGCUAUUGCAGUUAUCAUGUACACAAGUGGUAGUACUGGUCUGCCAAAGGGUGUCAUGAUUACUCAUGGGAAUAUUGUAGCCACUACAGCAGCUGUUAUGACAGUGAUUCCAAAUCUAGGUAGCAAGGAUGUGUACUUGGCAUACUUGCCCCUUGCUCAUGUUUUUGAAAUGGCAGCAGAGUCUGUUAUGUUGGCUGCAGGUUGUGCAAUUGGUUAUGGUUCUCCUCUGACUUUGACUGACACAUCUAAUAAAAUCAAGAAAGGAACCAAGGGCGAUGCUACAGUGUUAAAGCCCACUCUUUUGACAGCCGUACCAGCUAUUCUUGAUCGGAUUCGAGAUGGAGUUGUAAAAAAGGUUGAGGAAAAAGGGGGUCUUGUGAAGAAUCUUUUUCAUUUUGCUUACAAGCGCCGACUGGCUGCUGUAAAAGGAAGCUGGCUAGGAGCCUGGGGAUUGGAAAAGUUGGUGUGGGAUACCAUUGUCUUUAAGCAAAUCCGUACUGCACUUGGAGGCCAGCUCCGCUUUAUGCUUUGUGGGGGAGCUCCUUUAUCUGGUGAUUCACAACACUUCAUCAAUAUUUGCAUGGGGGCUCCUAUUGGGCAAGGAUACGGCUUGACUGAAACAUUUGCUGGAGCUGCCUUUUCAGAGUGGGAUGACUACAGUGUGGGACGUGUUGGUCCACCUCUUCCUUGUUGCUACAUUAAGCUUGUUUCUUGGGAAGAAGGAGGGUAUCUGACAUCAGAUAAACCAAUGCCAAGGGGAGAGAUUGUAGUUGGAGGAUUUAGUGUGACACCUGGUUACUUUAAGAAUCAAGAGAAAACUAAAGAAGUUUUCAAGGUUGAUGAGAAAGGUAUGAACUGGUUUUAUACUGGCGAUAUUGGGCAAUUCCAUCCUGAUGGAUGUCUUGAAAUUAUAGAUAGGAAGAAAGACAUUGUCAAACUUCAACAUGGAGAAUAUAUAUCUCUUGGAAAGGUUGAGGCAGCACUAUCAUCAUGUGAUUAUGUGGAUAAUAUAAUGGUUUAUGCAGACCCCUUUCACAAUUACUGUGUGGCUCUAGUUGUUGCUUCACAUCAGUCACUGGAGAAGUGGGCCCAACAAGCUGGUAUAGAUUACAAAGAUUUUCCUGAUCUUUGUAACAAACCUGAAACUGUCACUGAGGUUCUGCAGUCAAUUUCUAAGGUUGCAAAAUCUGCAAAGCUGGAGAAAUCUGAAAUUCCUGCAAAGAUUAGGUUGUUGCCAGAUCCAUGGACUCCUGAAUCUGGAUUAGUUACUGCUGCUCUCAAGAUAAAGAGAGAGCAGCUGAAAGCCAAAUUCAAAGACGAUCUUCAGAAGUUGUACGCAUGAAAUGAAGUAUCUAACCUCUUAAUUUUUGCGUGGUGUAUGUUCAAUGUAUGUAAUGUGUAAUAUGUUUGAUAACUGGGGUUUGAAUCCUGGUUCUACACUUGAGAAUGAACAAAAUAAAAUAUAUGUAUUAUGUACCUUUUUAUUCAAUAAUAUCAUUUUGCCUUAAAAAUGAAA